UGCUUCUCCACUGCUGGUUUUGUCCAAGCCUCCCGUAGCCUGUAGCUAGCAGGCCCCUGUCUGGUCUCGUCGGGUCUGAUCUGGCCUCCCCAAACUUUGUCUCUGUCUCUCCCACACGAACGUACUGUACUGUACUGUAUCUCAUCCCGUCCGCACUGCUGCUGCAGCCUCUCCAUUUUUACUUACAAUCCAGCCAAGCUGUCCCUUCUCCCUAUCAUCCAACCCCCCCUCCCUGCCUUUUGCGAAUACCGUCGUUGCGCAUCACGAGUCUCACGCUUGUCAAGAUACGAAGGCAAUAACGGAUUCGACAAUAAUUGGACCAUACGAUACCCUAAAACCGACCUUGCUCCGUCGCAAAUCGCUUGCUUACAGCAACAGCAGCACGCCCAGUCCCCCCUCCAUCUGCAUCCAACACCAAGACUCUGCAGUCGUCCACGCGGCCAGAACUCCAAUCUCGAUUUAACUCUCCCAACGAAGAGUUUAUAGCGAUAUUUUGAUGUGUCUGCGAUAAAGUAGAGCUCGAUUCAUCAGCAACUCACUCGUUUCAACACUCGUUGUUGCUAUACGGCUUCUCUCGCCCGGUGCGAGCCCACGCCAAUAGUGAACGAUCCUUUCAGUUCAGCUCCGACUCUCUGCGGCGCAUUCUGCCCAAGCCGUUAUUCGAUUCGGAUUAUCGCUUUCAGCGCAUUGGGUACAAAAAUAGAAAGUCGACUUUGUGCGCUUCGUCGCUGUCGUGCGCUCUCUAAAACAUCAUGAUUGAAGACAAGUAUGUCGCGUUCCACUCCCGUUGGCCUUCUCCUGAGAAGCCACCUCGAUCGGGUCCUUCUUGUAACCCGACCACGCUAUUCUCACUACACGUGCUAAUAUUGCCUCAAGGUAUAUCGGUCUGGCUCUUGCUAUGACAUCGGCCUUGGCCAUCGGAACAAGCUUCGUUAUUACAAAAAAGGGAUUGAUUCAAGCAGAAGAACGGCAUGGCUUUGAAGGCGACGGCUUUGUCUACCUUCGAAAUCCCCUGUGGUGGGCCGGUAUUGCGACUCUUGGUCUAGGAGAAGUCUGCAACUUUGCCGCAUACGCUUUCGCCCCUGCUAUCCUCGUCACACCUCUUGGAGCUCUCAGUGUGCUCAUUGGCGCUGUUCUUGGCUCGUACUUCCUCAACGAAGAGCUUGGUACGCUGGGCAAGCUCGGCAGUGCUAUAUGCCUGAUCGGCGCUGUUAUUAUUGUUCUUCAUGCGCCUCCGGAUGAGGAGAUCGAGACCGUCGACGAGAUCUUGCACUACGCAAUUCAGCCAGGUUUCCUUCUCUACGCCUUCGCCGUUGUUGCUUUCGCCGUCUUCAUGAUUUACAAGAUCGCCCCUGUUUAUGGCAGGAGAAACGCCCUCAUUUAUCUUUCCAUCUGCUCCACCGUCGGAUCCAUUUCAGUCAUGUCUGUCAAGGCCUUUGGUAUUGCGCUUAAGCUUACUUUUGCUGGCCACAACCAGUUCAGCCACCCUUCGACAUACGUUUUCAUGAUUUUAACGGCCGUAUGCAUUGUGACUCAGAUGAAUUACUUCAACAAAGCUCUUGCCAGCUUUCCCACCAACAUUGUCAACCCCCUCUACUACGUAACGUUCACCACCGCCACCCUCUGUGCCUCCUUUAUCCUCUUCAGCGGAUUCAACACGAACGACCCAGUCAAUACUCUCUCGCUGCUUUGCGGAUUCUUGGUUACUUUUACGGGCGUCUAUCUCCUGAACCUUUCCAGGGGUGACCCCCAUGGCCAAAGAUUGACCGCUGGACGAGGAGGAAGCGACGCCACCGGUACCGACAUGGUUUCUGGUUUACAAACUCGUCUGAGCAUGCAGGCAAGGAGGAGCGGCGAUCCUUCACGACACAGCAUGAGCAGCCAACGUGGAGACCGCGAGGGUCUCAUUCGCGCAUACGACGAGGAAGAAGCUGCUGGUUUCGCUCUGACCGACCUCGCCUCGGAUAGUGACGAAGAUGUUCGUCACGCCAACGGCAAUGGCAAAGCGAGCUAUGACGAAAACAUCGAGCUCGAUAACCGCCACAAGUCAGGCGAUCGGUGAUGGUCUGCGACGUUUCCAGCAACCUAAUGGCGGAGUAAAAGAAUAUCGGUUAACCGCCGGUCAUCAGCUCCGCAACGAUAUCUUGCAUGUUUCAUUAUCUCAAACAGGCAUUGUACAUUUUCAAACCAUUUGACCGGGCAUUUCUCUCGGAGUAUGGGCUGCAUACACGGAUGGUACAUUACGCAACGACAUACUUUAAUGUUGGUGCCAACUGUGUUUUUACCUAUGCCAAACGGGAUUGGGACUCGGAAUCAACGACAUGUAUUGUUUGCUAUUACUGGAGUACUAUGGGCACACGGUCUUGGACGGCGUUGGCGGAUUUUGUAUUGGGGCCAUAGGCGAAUCCUCGUUGUACGAUAACUACAGAGCAUGAGCGAUAGGAUGGGACUGGACGGCGAACUUCCAUAUCAGGGCCGUUUAUACAGGGAUGGUUUCGGAUCUAAGGAGGCGUCACUGUCUGCGUCUAUCGGGCGAUGAAAGGGCGAGUUGGGGCGUAUAUCACUGCCUCAAUUCUCCAGGGCAUGAACGAACGUUUCGGGUGUGGUAGAUCUGUUAUCCAAGUCGCAGGGCUUUUUCUAGGUUUGAGGAAGCCAAGUUUGAAUUUUAACAAGAAAAGAGGGAAAGCCAGAGGCUGCCUAUUAUAGACAAGAAUUAUUACGACGUUUAGUACAUUGGAUAGCAGGUGGGAUUGUAUCUCACAAAAACAAGAUUCUGGCUUGGAGAUGUAAAGUCCUGAUUAUAUUUGGUUCUCCA